AUGUUUCUCAAUCCUAUCUUGUCAAUGGUCCUCGAGACCGUCGUAGUGGUAUCUACACUCGGCUUCACCCCGGCUCAAUCAGCCCUACGGCCCGGAGCACUUGCGCUUCUGUCACUAUGUGUAAGCCAUUGCCUCUCAACGACGCUCGAAUACUUUGUGCGCACACCCUGGGCGCUUCUAGCAGGCGGUUACUCUGUUAUGCUGCUGUUUCACUUUGCCGACGUUGGUCUGCUGACGCGUUGGGAAUUCCCUGGGCCCAGUCGUGUCAACAAGCCCACGGAAUCAAAGCGCAGGGGCUCCCGAGGAAUGUCGGACUCGACCUGGGCGGCCCGGCUACGAUACGGCAUCUGGGCAUGUUUCAACGCGCGAUGCAUUGGGACCCCUGAGCAAGCGCGCAACAUCCCCCAGCCACGUUAUCAAGACCGAGAGUCAUUCCUCCGCGGAGCCUUCAGUUUCAUGAUCCUCGGCUAUAUCGGCCUCGAUGUGCUCGGGUCAAUGAGCGAUCCGGAGGUGGGAUCUCGUUUUCUAGUCGCGUCCCGAGUGCCGUUCUUUCGUCGCUUGUCGGAAGUCACUGUGGAAGAGAUAGUCAUUCGCGUAUUCUCCGCGGCUGCUUCAGGCGUCGGCCUAGUGUGCAGUCAGGGCGGAUUCUAUAAUCUCUUCGCAUUUGUCAGCGUGUUCAUGCGAUGGGGCGAGCCACAAGACUGGCCUCCCUUCUGCGGAUCUGUAAUGGAGGCCUAUAGCCUUCGACGACUCUGGAGUCGCGUCUGGCACCAGUCCAACACACACAAAUUCCGCGCGAUCGCCCGAUUUGUGGCGGAGGAUGUUCUUGACCUGUCGCCAAAGACGCUUGUGCACCGAUAUGCGCAGAUUCUGAUAGUAUUUGGGACUUCGGCUCUGAUGCACUUUCUCAUCAAUGUGUCGAUGGGGCUGUCGUUCUCUACCUCCGGGGCGGUGCAGUUUUUCUGUACCCAGGCAUUCGGCCUCAUGGGAGAGGAUUUGGCAGUCCGUGUUUAUGUCGGUCUGCGCGGCUCUUCUCGUAGUCGAUUGGCGUUGCGGGGAGAGCGCAUUGUUGGCUUUCUCUGGGUUGGAUGCUUCCUGGCUUGGUCGCUUCCUGCGUAUGUUUAUCCGGUGCUGUAUCGGUCUAACAUGGGCCUCAAUGGUUCGGUGGUUCCAGUGAGCAUUGUUGGCUUAAUAAAAAGGAUGAUGCUUGGGUAG